AUGGAUGAUUUUUUAAUUGAACUAAAGAAGAUUUCCGAGCAAUACAACAAUUUGUUGUUGGAAAAAAAAAAGAUCGAAGAAAAAAUUAAAAAAAUGAAUGAAAAUAUAAAAAAUUAUGAACAUAAAAAAGAAGAGUAUUUGAAACAAGUUGAUAAGAAAAAGAAUGAGAUGUUAAUGAAUAAAAAUAAGCACAUUAUACGAUGUCAAAAAAUGGAAGAAUUAAAUAAGAAACUUAAUGAUAUAAUAUUAAGAAAACAAAAUAUUGAUGAUAAUGAAGAGAAAUGUAUGAUAGAAAAACAAAUGAAUACUAUAAAAAAUACAUUUAUAUUAUUGAAGAAUAUUCAAAAGUUGAAUGAUAUUAUAGGGAAAAAAAAUAAUUAUUAUAAAUUAUUGAAUGAAAAAAUACAUAAUAAUAAUUUUACUAAUAAAAAAAAUUUGAAUAUAUUAAAUGCUUUCUUAAAUAAAAGUACUGUUAAUAUUCACCAAAUGGAUAAAAGCUUUUCAAACUCUAUAAAUUAUUUUAAAAUUAUUGAAACAAAAGAUAUGAUGAAAAAGUUAAAUCUACUCUUUUCAAAUACACACACCGAUUUAUCUCUAGAAAAACAACAAUUUGUGUUUGUCCUCUUAAUGAAUGUAUUGAAAAAAAUUAUACAAUCAGAAGAAAGUAUUAUAGAAGAUGUUAAAAGUUGUAACGAAUGUAUUCAUAAUUUUUUAUAUAAUAAUUAUAUAUUACAACAGUGA